AUGGAUAGUAACAUUCACCUGAGUAGUUUGAUAAGCCGGCAUGAUGAUGAAGCCACAAGAACAUCUACCUCAGAAGGACUGGAGGAGGGUGAAGUGGAAGGGGAGACUCUCCUAAUUGUGGAGUCGGAGGAUCAGGCAUCUGUGGACUUAUCUCAUGAUCAGAGUGGGGAUUCACUGAACAGUGAUGAAGGAGAUGUGUCCUGGAUGGAGGAGCAGCUGUCCUACUUCUGUGACAAGUGCCAAAAAUGGAUACCGGCGAGUCAGCUGAGGGAUCAGCUCAGUUACCUUAAGGGUGAUAACUUCUUUAGGUUUACCUGUUCUGAUUGCUCAGAAGAUGGCAAGGAGCAGUACGAAAGACUGAAGCUGACGUGGCAGCAAGUUGUCAUGUUGGCAAUGUACAAUUUAUCUCUGGAAGGAAGUGGGCGUCAAGGUUAUUUCAGGUGGAAAGAAGAUAUCUGUGCUUUUAUUGAGAAACAUUGGACCUUUUUACUGGGGAAUAGGAAAAAGACAUCAACCUGGUGGAGCACAGUAGCAGGUUGUCUCAGUGUGGGAAGUCCCAUGUACUUCCGUUCAGGCGCUCAGGAAUUCGGAGAACCAGGAUGGUGGAAACUUGUUCACAAUAGGCCCCCAACAAUGAAACCUGAAGGAGAGAAGUUGUCUGCUUCUACUUUGAAAGUAAAAGCCUCAAAACCAACUUUGGAUCCCAUCAUUACAGUUGAAGGACUUAGAAAAAGGGCGAGUCGGAAUCCUGUGGAAUCUGCCAUGGAAUUAAAGGAGAAAAGGUCUCGUACUCAAGAAGCCAAAGACAUUAGAAGAGCCCAGAAGGAAGCAGCUGGCUUUCUUGACAGGAGCACUUCUUCUACCCCUGUAAAAUUCAUAAGCCGAGGCCGCAGGACAGACUCAAUUCUUGAAAAAGGAGAAGUGAUUGACUUUUCAUCCUUGAGUUCUUCUGACCGUACUCCGCUGACAAGCCCAUCUCCUUCUCCAUCUCUGGAUUUCUCUGCCCCAGGAACCCCUGCCUCUCACUCAGCCACACCUAGCUUGCUUUCUGAAGCAGAUCUGAUUCCAGAUGUGAUGCCACCACAAGCCUUAUUUCAUGAUGAUGAUGAGAUAGAAGGUGAUGGAGUCAUAGACCCAGGGAUGGAGUAUGUUCCACCUCCAGCUGGGUCAGCCACUUCUGGGACAGUGGUUGGAGUCAGAAAGAAGGUCAGAGCACCUGAACAGAUAAAGCAAGAAGUAGAGAGUGAGGAGGAAAAACCCGACCGGAUGGACAUUGACAGUGAAGAUACAGAUUCCAAUACAUCCUUGCAAACAAGAGCUCGAGAAAAGAGGAAGCCUCAAUUGGAAAAGGACAGGAAACCUAAAGGGCCCAAGUACACCCCUGCGAGCAUCUACGAGGAAAAGCUGCUCCUUAAGAGGCUAGAAGCUUGUCCCAGUGCUGUUGCCAUGACACCAGAAGCUCGGAGACUAAAGCGUAAAUUGAUAGUCAGACAAGCAAAAAGGGAUCGGGGAUUACCUCUCUUUGACUUGGAUCAAGUUGUUAAUGCUGCUCUGCUGUUAGUUGAUGGGAUUUAUGGAGCCAAAGAAGGAGUUUCCCGGCUUCCAGCUGGACAAGCCACGUAUAGAACAACCUGUCAAGACUUCAGAAUCCUUGACCGGUACCAGACUGCCUUGCCAUCAAGGAAAGGAUUUAGGCACCAGACCACUAAGUUUUUGUAUCGUUUGGUGGGAUCUGAAGACAUGGCUGUGGACCAAAGUAUUGUCAGCCCUUAUACAUCUCGGAUCUUGAAACCUUAUAUCAGGCGUGACUAUGAAACAAAGCCACCCAAACUGCAACUCCUGUCACAGAUUCGUUCCCACCUGCACCAGAGUGACCCUCACUGGACACCAGAGCCCGAUGCACCUCUCGAUUACUGCUACGUUCGGCCAAAUCACAUACCAACGAUAAACUCAAUGUGUCAGGAGUUUUUCUGGCCUGGCAUUGACCUGUCUGAGUGCCUGCAGUAUCCAGACUUCAGUGUUGUUGUCCUGUAUAAAAAAGUCAUCAUUGCCUUUGGCUUCAUGGUUCCUGAUGUGAAGUACAAUGAAGCUUACAUUUCAUUUCUCUUUGUCCACCCUGAAUGGAGAAGAGCAGGAAUUGCGACUUUCAUGAUUUAUCAUCUGAUUCAGACCUGCAUGGGCAAGGAUGUGACCCUUCACGUCUCAGCAAGCAACCCCGCUAUGCUGCUGUACCAGAAGUUUGGAUUCAAGACUGAAGAAUAUGUUUUAGAUUUUUAUGAUAAAUAUUACCCCUUGGAGAGUACAGAGUGUAAACAUGCAUUCUUUCUGAGGCUCCGACGCUGACAGGAGUACAGCCCUUCAUGGAGAAGAGCAUAUGCUCUUAGAGAGCGUUCUUCACACUGUGGGUUAGACCAGAUAUUGAUUCAAACCUUCAGCUGAGAUGAAAAAGUCUGUGCAGUGGAAAGAGUAGUAAGAAGCCCUUUCUCCUUUCUGGAGAGGUUUUGACCCACAUCUUGGGACCCCACAGAUAAUUAAAACUAAAAGAUGCUCCUGUCUGCCUUCCUCCUGACAGUUUGUAAGAAAAAAAAUAGCUGAUAUUCUUGGUGAGAGAGAAUUUGUCCUUAUUUAAAGGACAAGAAAAUGUGCUAUUGAAGAUUCAUGCGGUACCCAAGAGGCACUUUCCUUCCCAGGAAUGAUGAGAGAUCAUGACGUGAUAACAUAAAGGAUUGCUAGCCUUUUCCCAACCAUUGCUGUGUUGUCAUUGAGUCUGGGAGGACCGCUAGGACACCGAGGUCAUAAUGUCUUUCUCUGACUUUGGUCGCAGUCAUAAUAAAUGUUUGUGUCUACAUUAUAGUUCCACCUGUGUUACUGUUAGCGUCUCCCAACAGGAGUGUUAGCCUGGGAAUGGAGGAUCUCAUUCUCCCUGUAUCUGUGAAGUUGGUUUGGGGUUGGUGUGACUAAGCAGCCUGCCCCUGGAUAAGAUGUGGGGUGGUGGAACUAGAACCAGCUGUAGACAGAACCUGUACUGUCUGCAGACUUAAGCUGCUCUGUUUGUGGAUGUUGGAGAUGGGCUAUCAAUCAGACUUUUUUGAAUUGAGCAGGACCAUUUCCAAAAGUAUCAGAUGUUCUUAAAUAAAAACGUUUUCUUGUAAUAACCUGUAGCUGGAGCUUCAGUCUUACCUGUUUGCUUUCAGAGUCUCUUCAAUUAAGAGCGGAGGUUUCUAGCUUUUUGGUUCAUGAAUGAGAAUCCAAGGAAGACCAAAUACUCUCUAGAAAACUGUCCCUGCACAGUUAAAACUGUAUCACAGAUCCAUGGAUCACAACCUAAGAGCCUCUUUAGAGGUGGUGCUGAGAGCCAGCUUGAAUCUCUUGGUUCAGGGGGAAUGUGUCAUGCUCCUGUGAGAAGACAAUCUAGAAGUUGCUCUGUCCCUCGAGGAGCAGCCUGGUCUCCACCCCAGUGUUGUGUGAGCAGUGUUGUCUCAUUUCUUCCUUUCACUUUUCUUCUUCCCUUCCUCCAUUCUGAUAAUCCUUAAUGAUUGUUGUUGACAGAAUAGAGGUUAAAUUGAGGAAGUGACUUUUCCAAGCUUGGAAACCAGUGUGUGAUUAUUAAAUGUGAACAGCAAGCAUUUGCUGUUACAAAAGGUGACUGAAGUAAUUAUUUGCAUAAAUUCCAGCAGCUGAAGAAGAAAGCUGAUUGCCUUCAUUUACUGUUUUACUUCUUUUUUUAAAUUAUAAUACAAGAAAACCCUACCACCCAUAUUAACCAUUGUCAAGAUUUUUGCCAUGUUUGCUUCCUCUAUCCUUUUGUUCCUUUGUUAAAGUAAAUGUAAUCCCAAGUAUCAUAAUUUCACCCUUACUUAGGCAGGCUUUUCUGAAAAAUACAGCUAUUUUCUUUAAAAUUUCAAUACCUGUUAUCACUUCUAAAAGAUGCACAUGUUUUUUAAAAUUAACAGUCAACACGAAGAAGUGAAACCUUUGUCUCAGGAAUGCCUUUUAUAGUCUAAGUGAAGUCUUCUAGGUAACUGUCCUGUUUGCUUGUCAGGUUCCCUGUAGACUUUGCCCCGCCCACUCAGUCCUGCCUGUGCACUGGGGCCUUGAGACAGGGCCUUGUCUCAAGGGCAGGCUCAGGCUGCCUUCUCUGGCUUGUACUAAACCUACACUGUAAUAAACCCUUAGGCCCUUAGCUAGUCUUCUAAAAGUGAUACUUAACAAUGCAAGGGGUGAGGCUGAGGUGUGGAGAACAUUUUCAAACCUUUUGUGGCUUCUAGUCAUGAUUUAUUUUGAAAUUUCAAAUAAGGAGAGCUUGUUUUUUUGUUUUAUAAGAAUGGGCAAAAGUUUUAAAAACCUGAGGAACUCUGUCUUCAGUUGUGUGUUCCUAAGGAAUCUGGAUUGUCUUUGACCUGAAUCCAAACAUUGCCCUUGAGAGGUGGCCUUAGGGCCCCAUGGAGGUAGGAGUGGAACCAGAAUUAGUCAUGUUCAUGUUUACCCAGUCUUUUUUCUAGAGAGGUUAGGCUCUAUUUGCAGUAGGACAUUUGAGAACUAAAGCCAUAAUUUUGAAUUUUCUAUAUCUAGUUAACAUAGUAUAUGCAAAGGAUUCACCUAAAAGCUAUACCGCCUUGGGACCUCUCCUGGAACUGUCCCUUGCAAAUGGGCUUGGUGUCUCCAUCAUAGUCCCAGGGAGAAACAGCCCCAUUGUGUUUAACUCCACAAGUGCUGGGCUGUAUUACACACUGUGAUGACAAAUACUCUGAGGGGUCAGUUAGCGGAAGCUAGCAUUAAAAAAAUGUACUUCAGUGCUGGACUGGCCAGGGGGGAGUCUUAAGACUCUUCAUUGGUACACACUUGACUCAAAUAUGUGAAUUCAUUAGCACAUACCUGAUCCUGAGAAGCAGUAUAGUUACUCGUGAGGAACAUACUAAGCUAACAGCAAAAUUUUGUGCUUUCAGCUUGCUCCUCUCUAAGACAAGAGUUGAUGGUAUCUGAUACCUGGAGGGUUUGUAGUGGUAGGCGCAAGGCCAAGAAAAUCACAAAUGGCACACCCUGAACUCCGAGCAGCCUGGUAUCAGAGCCUGCAGCCUUCUCUCCCUGAGCAGCCUCUGAGGAGGAGAGGUCAAUGUGUAUUUGGCUCACUACUGGCCUUUGUCCCCAGAACUGUGCUCAGCACAGAGCUGUAAGCCUUGAAUGAGAAAAAAAUGAGUUUGUUCUAGGUAAGUCAGGAACUCUGUGGGGUGAGAGGCCUCAGUAAUGCCUCUGUUUACUACAAAUUAACUUUUUCUUUUCUUGGAGUCUCUACCUCUCUUCUGGCUCUUACCUCUUAGCACCUUACAAAUUUCUCCAUGGUUCCCUAGGCCAUGGGAACCCUACAAGAAUAACUAGAGGUUGGAUUUGUAUUAGAUGACUUGAAGAAGCCUUAAGGUUACUCAGUCAGUGGUUGUGUACUCAUGCAUGGUGUGACUUCAGCAAGCCUGAGUGUAUAGAGAAGGUGCUCAGCCUCCUGCUAGCUCCAUUGUUGAUAGGAGAUGGAUUCUUACUGUAGGUAAAAUGAGAGUUUGUGUCAAGAUGGCCACUGGCCCACGCCUGGUGAUAAAGAUCCAACAAAUGUUCUGCAAGUAGAGCUUCCCAGUGGCAGCCACCAGCAGUUACAAAUCCCUUCAGCUUUUGGGGCAGCUUGAGCCUCAAGGUAUUCGCUUACAGUUGCACAUCCAGUGAUGUAAAAACAAAUGUUUGACCACUGUUGGUGUGAGGGAGUGGGGGAAAGAGAGAAGCAGAUCAAAUCCUUAUUUGCAGUGUUUGCUGGAUUCUGAGAUAUGAAUACUGCCAUCCAUGUUCAGUCUUAGUGCCAAUGUCACUGAACCUAGAGUUGGACAGACACAGUAACAUGCCAUCACAUGGCUUUUUUUUUUUUUUUGGUGGGACCCUCGCUGGUGGCUGGGGAUCGAACUGGCGCUGUAGAGGCUGCGGGCAACCUCGCAACCCAGCGCUCGACUGCUGUGCCACCAGGGGAGGCCCUCACAUGGCAUUUUUACCCCACAGACACAUAGAUGGAAGUAACCUUAAGAGCAUAGAUUACCAUCACAUAGUGGAAUAAUCAGCCUGUGGUAAGUUUUGAUAAUUUUACUACCUUUAUUUUUACUAUCAUUAAUUUAAUUCUAAGUUUAUAAAUGUCACUUUGAAUACUGACUGACAAAUUUUCAGGAAACCUGAUUGUCAGCUCCUGUGUGCAGCUACUUCUAAUCCCUGUGGUCCCAGGAACAGCAGAAAUCCAGGCAGGGGUGGAGCUGAGUCAGGAAGGUCUGGGAGACCCCUGGAGGCUGGGGUAGCCUUGUCCCAGCCUCACACUCAUUGCAAACAUCUGUCUGUAUUUGCUGCAACUUCCAACUUGUCUGUAGGGAGACCGCGUUGGGCCUUCCUGCCCCAAAAGACUGCACUUGAAAAAAAAAAAUCUUUCGGGUUCAAAUUUCACUCACAUUUUUAUUAUCAGUUGUAUG